AUGUCAGUAAUGUCAAACGUGGAUCCGUGGUUUGGUACAAGGAUAGACGAUGAUGGUGACAACCAUUUGAAGAGCAACAGUGGUAAUAUGGACGCAGAAUUAGCUUCCAUUGUGUCUUCACUAAGUGCGCUUUCGAAUCCAACUCACAACAACAAUAGCAACAAUAGUAAUAAUAAUAAUAAUAAUACCAGUGGAGUUUCAGAACGUCGUGGUAGUGCUCAAUUAGGUGGAUUUAGAAGACCAAGUCUUGGCUAUACCGCAGCUACUGCAACGGCAAGCCCAGUGGGUGCACCUGCGACCACUGCUACGAAUCCCUCUGUAGCAGCAGCAGCAGCUGCUGCUGCUGCUGCAGGCGGUUCUGCAGCUACUACUAGCGAUCAGGAUUUACUGAUGUACUCGACAAUGGGUGCUGCUGGAGUUCCGGAAGACGCAGCUUCGAGUCAGUCUAGUUCGCCGAUUGUAACGAGAAGAACUGCGCUUUCUGUGGGGACAGCCCCUCCAUACAAUUCAAGUUAUCAUCAACAUCGUCUUCAUCAUGAUGAAACUACAUCACUUUCCGGUCAACAUUUUUUUGGUAACAAUAAUAGAAUGAAUUUCAUGGGACAUUAUUCAGCUUCCAUUGCAGGCCCUAUAUUGUUUAACCACAAUGAUGGCAAUGGUAGUAGUAGUAAUAGUGGUGGUGGAUUUUUCGAAAAAUUUGGUAAAUCCCUCAUUGAAGGUACAAAGGAAUUAGAGAGCGGAUCAGAUAAUGCCACUGAUGUUCCAACAGUUCCACAACCAAAUGGUUACGAAAAUUCGGUUGCAGAUAGUCAGAAAAAUUUAGUUUCGCCAUUACAGGGUAUUAGACGUACUUCAGUGACUUCAAACUCAACAGCAUCAGAAUCUUUGGAACAGUUUACCGAUGUGAAUAAUAAAUCUAAGAAGAAUAUAUGGAAUGUGGCUAGUGCCCCCAUCUUUAAACCAGAUACAAAUAUUAGCGACCAAUUUUUAAUUCCACCACAACAAGAACAACAACAUCAGCAGCAACAGCAACAGCAACAACAACAGCAGCAAACAUCUCCGAACCCUUCUCCGUUCACAGCACCUUUUCUGCCACAAUUCUUACCUUCAACAAUUUCACCUCCGCCAAUACCCCCUCCAUCCUUGUCUUCAGCGGCUACACCUCCACCCGAGGCUUCUUUGUUACAAAAUCCUUACUUGUACUUGGGCAAUGAUUUGUAUCCUGGUAUGUCUGCACCACCACCACCACUGGCGCAAGAUCAACCAGUUAAUACUUUGCAUCCAGUGGUAAGUCCAAAUUCAACUGCAACCGCGCAAGGAACGAGACCACCAGUGGGCGCACCGUUGGGGAAACGUAAUGUUCAAGGUAAAAAUCCAUCGAAAAAGCACCAAGCAAAUCCCUAUUUGGAUAGCGCGAAUAACCCACCAACAAAUACUACUAGUAGUCGAAACAUUGGUACAUUACCCAAUCCCUUCCAUAGUAAGACAAAUUCCAAUAAUGGUAAUAAUAAUCAUAAUGGUAAUAAUAAUAAUAACAAUAAUGGUGGUGGUGCCAAUAACAACAAGAGGAAAAACAAUGGUUCCAAUAAGGUGAAUUCACCACUGCCAACUAAUUCUAAAUUGAAAAAUGGUCCUAAUAGUGGUAAAUGGUCAAACUAUUAUACUGUAAGAUCACCAGUUUUAGAUGAGUUUAGAUCUAAUCCAACUGAUAAGACUUACAAGAUAAAAGAUAUCGUUGGAUAUGUAUUAGAGUUUUGUCAAGACCAACAUGGUUCUAGAUUCAUCCAGUAUGAAUUGGCAUCAGCAUCGCCAUCUGAAAGGGAAGUUAUCUUCAAUGAAAUCAGAGAUCAAGCUGUGGAAUUAUCUGAUGAUGUCUUUGGUAAUUAUGUCAUUCAAAAAUUUUUCGAAUUUGGAUCUAAGACUCAAAGGGAUAUCCUUGUUAAUCAAUUUAAAGGAAAAAUGCAAGAAUUAUCGAUGCAAAUGUAUGCAUGUCGUGUAAUUCAAAGGGCAUUAGAAUUUAUCGAAUUAGAGCAAAGAAUCGACCUCGUUCAAGAAUUAUCCACAUGCGUUUUAGAAAUGAUCAAAGAUCAAAACGGUAAUCAUGUGAUCCAAAAAGCUAUUGAAAGUAUACCUAUGACUGAAUUACCAUUUAUAUUGAAUUCACUUGAUGGUCAAAUAUACCACUUAUCGACCCAUGCAUACGGUUGUCGUGUAAUUCAAAGAUUACUGGAAUUUGGUUCCGAAAAUGAUCAAACUAGAAUUUUCCGUGAAAUUAAGGAUUUCAUACCAUUUUUGAUUCAAGACCAGUACGGUAACUAUGUGAUUCAACAUGUUUUACAACAAGAUGGCAGUAACUGUCUAAGGGAAAUGGCAGAAACAAAGCAAGAUAUUGUUAACAUCGUAUCGCAAACUGUAGUGGAAUUUUCUAAGCAUAAAUUUGCCUCAAACGUUGUGGAGAAGGCUAUUCUUUAUGGUACAAGAGAUCAAAGAAGACUGAUCAUGUCCAAGGUAAUGCCAUCUGACGAAUCCAGUGCUGCUAACUUGGAGGAAAAUGCUCCCCUGGUUCUCAUGAUGCGUGAUCAAUUUGCCAAUUAUGUUGUACAAAAAUUAGUUGGUGUUUCAGAGGGCGAAGAUAAACGACUGAUUGUAGUAGCCAUUAAAUCCUAUUUGGAAAAAUUGAAUAAAUCAGAUGCUGUGGGUAACAGAAAUUUGGCUAGCGUUGAGAAGUUAGCAUCACUAGUGGAAAGCAUCACCAUUUGA